CAAUGAUAAACAUUUCUGAAACUAGCAGGGAACGUGCGUGAAAGAGGGAAAACCCGAGCCAAUAUGGAACUUUUCUAUGCACUGUGGAUCGGAACCUUCCUGCAGUUUUGCCAAGCCUCCAUCUACACGAAUGACUGGGCCUUACGGAUAAAAGGAGGCGCUAAAUCUGCUAGCGGCAUAGCGGAAAAAUACGCAUUUGUGAAUAUGGGACAGAUUGGACAGCUGAGUUGUCACUACGUCUUUCGCCACAACCAAACGGCGGUGAGGUCCACAGCGCCCAACGUCAAACUGACGGCUGGUGUCGCCAUGGAGACCGAGGUGGAAUGGCUCCAACAGCAGGUGAUCAAGAAAAGAGCGAAAAGAGCUUUAAAAAAUUACUGCAUCUUAAAUAUAUCAACAUUUACUUCUACCCCCCCGGCGACUAAUUUAGAUUCGCCACUAUUUACUUUGCAGCUUUGCAUCGAUAACUCAGAAGGCUGCCGCCCCCCCAUGAACAUCGCUGGGGCCUGGGGGCGGGGCUACACCGGCAGGGGUGUGGUGCUGUCCGUCUUAGAUGCUGGCAUCGAUGGAGAGUAUCCAGACCUGAAACCGAAUUAUGACGCUCUCGCCGGCUUUGAUGCCAACGGACAAGAAGGACAUCAGAGUUCCUCCGAGACAGCCGCCGACUACCAUGGGACUCGGUGUGCAGGGAUGGUGGCCGCCGCCGUGACCGCAAACAGCUCCACGUGCACCGUGGGAGUGGCUUUCCACGCAAAGAUCGGAGGCGUCCGGAUUCUGGGUGGACCGGACGGAGAAGUGACAGACGUGGCGGAGGCGCGAGCGCUGAGUUUCAAAGCGCAACACGUUGACAUCUACUUGGCCAGCUGGGGGCCAGAAGAUGAUGGCACCGCUGUGGACGGACCCGGGCCUCUGACACGCCUCGCUUUGGAGAACGCCGUUCAAACAGGCCGACGCGGGCGGGGCUCUAUUUACGUCUGGGCGGCGGGAAGCGGCGCACAUAAAGGUGACCACUGCGCGUGCGACGGCUACAGCAACAGCAUCUACACCAUAUCCAUCAGCGGCGGCGGCGGCGGACUCCAAAACCAGCCGGACCACCAGGAGAGGUGCUCGUCUACGCUGGCUGCAGCCUCCAACAUGAACGAGAUUGUGAGUAGGGGAUGUAAAUAAUUUUGAAAAAGGUUGUGCGCCACGGCUAAAUGGGGCUCGGCCCUUUCGGUCUCGGCGGCGGCCGGCAUCAUCGCACUCGCCCUGGAGGCCAAUCCUCUGCUCACCUGGAGGGACGUCCAGCACAUCAUCGUUCGCACGUCGGAUACUCGUCAGCUCGUGGCGACCGACUGGCAAAAAAAUGGCGCCGGGUACAAAGUGAGCCACCUGUACGGCUUCGGCCUGCUGGAUGCAGAGAGGAUGGUACUACAAGCGAAGCGAUGGCGGCAAGUCCCCCCGCAGCGUGCAUGCACAGUGAAGACGCCCACUCGGUUGAGGAGAAUACUGGAUGAGGGUGGUACAGUGACAUCGGUGCUGGAGACGUCGGGCUGCUCAGCUUCAUCCCGACGACAGCAGCAGCAGCACGUGGCCUUUGUGGAGCACGUGGUGGUGCGUGUCACAGUGGCUUGCCGUCGCCGUGGCGACCUUUCCAUUGCGCUCACGUCGCCCUCGGGCACCGUGUCACAGCUUCUUGAUAAAAGGCCUCAUGACAACUCCACUGAGGGUUUUCACCAGUGGGAAUUCAUGACAACGCACUGCUGGGGGGAGCAGGCGGCCGGGGAAUGGGCCUUGAACAUCCGUGACUCUCCCUCUGCAGGGAGGGAAAACUCUCAAGCGGGGACGCUGGAUGAGUGGUCGCUGGUGAUUUACGGCACCGCAUGGCCGCCGUAUCCCGCUCGGCGAAGGUCGGCGCGGUCGGCCGAGAUCCCGAAGGACGCCGACUUGGCUGAAGAAUAUGCUGGACCUUGCGACCCAGAGUGCAGCGAGGACGGCUGCGAGGGUCCCGGCCCGUGGCAGUGUGUCACGUGCGCCCACUUUUUCCUUAAGUUCAAGAACAACACAAGGAUGUGCGUGUCCGGGUGUCCGCGGGGAUUCUGGGGUGACAGGCGGCGUUGCAAGCGCUGCUUUGCCACCUGCCAGAGUUGCACAGGAAGCCGCAAUGACCAGUGCACUUCCUGUCAAGCCGGGCAUCAUCUGACCGAGGGGACCAAUACCUGCACUGCCGUUUGCGAGGAGGGCUACUUCCUAGACCGCGAUGCAAACAUGUGCAAGAAGUGCAGCGAGAAGUGCUCGAGGUGCACGUCCUCCAGCAUCUGCACGGAAUGCAAAGCGGACACGAGUUUGCGUGGGAACAGGUGUCAGCGGAGUUGCGCGCCAGGAAUGUACCACGGCGAGGCAGAAGGUCUGUGCAAAGCUUGCCACCGGGUGUGUGCCACCUGUGCAGGCGCCGGUGUGGAGGCGUGCACCCAGUGCGCUGACGGCUACCUGAUGGAGGAAUGGAGGUGCGUCUCCUCCUGCAGCAGCGGCUUCUUCGCCAUAACUCCCGAGAUAGCCGACGGGCGCGGGACGUGUAGGAGGUGCGACGCCAGCUGUCUCAACUGUGUCGGGCCGAGCCGGGCCGACUGCAGCAGCUGUUACGGUGGCCGAAGCCUGCAGGAGGGCGAGUGUGUUCUCCAAACGGCGUGCGCAGAUGGAGAGUACCAGGACAGCGACGGGACAUGUCAUCCGUGUCACCCGACAUGCUUGAAGUGCACGGGACCGCGACACCAAGACUGCAUCAGUUGUGGUGCUUCACACGCUCUGGACGAGGGCCGCUGCCUGGCCGAGUGCGCCCGGGGCAAGUACCAGUCGGGUGGGCGCUGCCACCUGUGUGACCACACCUGUGCUACCUGCGUGGAGGCGGGGCCUAACAACUGCACGAGCUGUGACAAAGAUAAGUUUGGAAUGGAGCGUUACCUCCACCGUGGCCGCUGCGUGGACGCCUGCCCCGGGGCCUUCUACCACACGGAGGAGAAGAGCUGCGAGGCCUGCUCACACCGCUGCACGCUCUGCACAAGCUCGGCCCACUGCCUGCGAUGCAACUCGUCCUACUACGUGUCCGACGGCGCCUGCGUCAAGCUGGAGUGCGGCGAAGGGGAAGUAGAAGAUCCAGAUUACAGCGACUGCAUGGCUUGUGAGGAGGGCUGCAGGCAGUGUGUCCUAUAUAACCCCAGGCAUUGCCUGUCCUGCAAAGAAGGCUUUUACAACUUCCAGGAUGGCUGCUACAAAAACUGCCCUGCCAAGACGUACAACGUGGACGAGGAGAUGAUCUGCGUUCCGUGCGACGACAACUGCGUGAGCUGCGACCAGCACGAGUGUUACUGGUGCGAAACGGACCUCUUCCUCUCAGAGGGAAAGUGUGUCCCCGUGUGCCCCGAGGGUUUUUAUGGGGACGAGGACACCAACGACUGUGAAGAGUGCCACGCCGACUGCGGGUCAUGCAGUGGACCCGAGAACGACGACUGCUUGUCGUGUGAUGGCGACAAAUUGCUGGAAAACGGACAGUGCGUGACCGACAGCGACGUCUGUCCAGUGCUGACCUUUCGUAGCGGUGAUGGAGAAUGUGUAGCGUGUCAUCCAUCGUGUGAGUCCUGCAAUGGAAAAAACAAGAACCAGUGUACCAAAUGUACAAAAGGACGCUUCCUGAGCCCACAGCAAACGUGCGUUUCAAAAUGUCCGCCGGGCUUGUUUGGCGACCGGCUAAGCGGCGAAUGCGAGGCUUGUCCCGCCGGCUGUUUGUAUUGCGUGGACCUCGAGCGCUGCACCCGCUGCCUGAGCCGUCCCACGGCGAUUUUAUUCCUGCAGGACGGCCAAUGCGUCCAGCAGUGUGUCAGAGGUUACCCGGUCGGUCAGGUGUGUCGAAGCUGCGCGUCGGACUGCGCGUCCUGCGAGAAGAACGCUACCUACUGCCUGAGCUGUGAAGAACCACUGCUGCUGCUCAACCACCAGUGCGUGGACGAGUGUCCCGCGGGCCAUACGGUCCACAUCCAGGAGUGCCGACGCUGCCCCCCGGCCUGUGAAGAGUGCAGCCCCCUAGGAGAGUGCACAGCCUGCGAGGAGUACCACUUCCUCCACGAGGGCAAGUGCGUGCUCGACUGCCCCGACCGCUUCUUCGGCGAUAACGAGCGACGGGAGUGUGUGCGCUGCCAUCCCGAUUGCCGCUUGUGCGACGGUCCCAGAAGCGAUGAUUGCGACGCUUGCGUGGACGCUCAGGCCGUGCUGCAGGACGGGCAGUGCGUGAAUGUGUGUCCCGCUCGGACCUUCUUGGACGACGUGACCGGAGAAUGUCAAGAGUGUGACGUCUCCUGCCUCACCUGCGUGGGACCCCUGGCCGGAUCCUGUUCUGGCUGCAGAGAGGGCCAGAGACUGGAGAGCCACGGGCUGGACGCCCGCGGUCACUGCGUGCCGUCUGACGACGAGUGCUCGCCACACGAGUACGCCGACGAGCGUGGGGAUUGCCGACCGUGUCACAAGAACUGCCGCCGCUGCUUCGGCUCGGGAAAGACGCACUGCUCGAGCUGCAAGCAGAGACAUCUUCUGCUCAAUGGCAGCUGCGCGGACGAAUGCCCAACAAGUUUCUACGCUGACCAGUCGUUGCAGAAAUGCCAAGCGUGCCACUCGACUUGUCAGUCCUGUGCCGGGAAGCACAGCCAUGAGUGUCUGGCCUGCAAGGAGCAUCUCUUUCGCCACGGCAACGAGUGCGUGGAGACGUGCCGACUCAAUCACUAUGGCAACCAGGCCACUGGGACGUGCGAACCGUGCGACCCCACUUGCAGCGAGUGUUCGGGGGACGGGCGAUGCCUGAGCUGCGUGCCCGGACUGGUCUUCAUGUCACGGGAAGGCCGCUGCCUUCACACCUGCCCUCGCGGUUUCUUCCGCCACCGAGAAUUUGAUGACACGUCGGCGACGUGCGAGCGUUGUCACGGCAACUGCGCAACCUGUUCAGGAAAGACCUCUCACUCCUGUGACUCAUGUGGGCUUGGUUACCUCCUGUCAGGCAGCACGUGCGUGUCUGUGUGCGACACGGCCAAGUACCCGCUCAUCAAGGGUUCGAGUCACAUCUGCGAGGACUGCGACGCCUCCUGCCUGCGCUGCGAGGGUCCCGGCCCGUCCAAUUGCAGCGCGUGCCCCCCGCACGCCAUCCUUGAAGCCGGGGGGCGCUGUCUCCUUUGCUGCCACGUCUCCGCCGCCGCUCACACGCAGGAUUGCUGCAACUGCACGGAAACAACAGGGAAAUGUGUCCUCAGCACCAACCUGGCAUUCAGGAAUGAGGAGGAAGGAGGGGAAGAGGAGGCAAGGGGCAAUCCCAUGCUUUUCAUCAUCGCGUGCGUCCUUCUAUUAGCCGGACUCUGCGCUGCCGCCUUCCUCUUCAUCCAGCACACUCGCUCCAAAAAGACAUCUUCAGACAAGACCCCAGGUGGCUACGAGAAACUGGGAUCUGGUUCUGCCUCCGGUUCCGGCGGCUACAGCUCCUCCUCGCCUUACUACAAAGGUACGCAGAUGGCGGACUUGGGCCAACGCUACACGGUCGCGAAAGAAGACGAAGAGGAGGAGGAUAUUGUGUAUAUGAGUAAGGACGGAACCGUGUACAGGAAGUUCCGCUACGGGAAACUGGGGGACGACGAUGAGGAGGAUUUGGAGUAUGACGACGAGAGCUACACGUAUCGAUGAAGCGUGGCCUUUGUUUUCCACCUAAAAUGAGAGUUAGGAAUAUCUGGAAAAAACUGGGAAAAUUCUAAACGAUGAAAAAAAUACAGAAGGAAAAAAAAGUAAACUAACCUGUGGAAAUUGUAAUUUCACCAAUCACCACUAGAUGGCAGACGUCUUAGUUGCACUUAAUACUGGCCUAAUUUUUUUUUGCAGAUUUGGAAUGAAUUGCAGGAAACAUAGCAUCUCAAUAAUAUUAAACUUUGGAGUGAGUUGUUUUUUUGUGAAGAAGAAUGACAAAAUGAGUUAUGUGGUUAUUGUGUUUGUUUCGUUAGCUUUUGUACAUGCAUUGAAAAGUGUAUUAUCAAAAUGAAAUAUAUACAUAUUUUGCCCAUAUUCAAAAUAUAGCACUUUUGUCAUACAUCCGUUUAGGAAAUUCGAGUGUUGACAAUGAUUGAAACAGAGGCAAUCACUCAGACACAAGUCUGGUUUAUUGAACUACAAGUGUUUGCGUGACGAGGAGGCUACAUGCACUGCUAUGCACAAAAGGCACACACAAUCACGCACGCACAUUGAUGAGACAUUGUGCUUAUUCAUCAUAAAGACGAUUGUUUGAGGUUUUUUUGUUAAUACUCAUUAUUAGGACAUGCGGGUUGUUGAUUUAUUAGUCCUUUGUGAAGCUAAAUCAUCUACUAUAACCGGAGGAACUCUUCACUGAGAUUUAUUUACUACGUAUGUAUUUUGCUUAUGAUUGACGAUUGUUUUUAAUAUCUUGAACUUUUUCCUGUAACUAAAUAAGACAACAGUAACACUAGAGACAGUUCAGACUUUUUUUUUUUUAAAUAAAAAAAUAAGUAUUCAAUGUCUUAAAGCAUCA